GCAGCUCACUUAUCGACUGUCAAAAACCUCACUAUCACAACGCAACGUCAAUCAGAGUAUCAAUCCAAACGUUUAGGAAACAUCAUCACGCACAUAUAACAACAAUGCCAUCGGGAAAAGCGAUCGCGACAAUCAAUGGCCGUACCAUUGCCGAAACAGACAACUGGGAGGUUGUAGAGGGAAACGUUUAUUUUCCACCAUCCUCGGUGAAACAAGCCAUGCUCUCUAAGACAGACCAUAGUACACAUUGUCCUUGGAAGGGUGAUGCCUCCUACUAUACCAUCACGUUUGACAAAACGGAGUUGAAGAAUGCAGCUUGGUAUUACCCAACCCCGUUCGACAAGGCUCAAAAUAUUAAGGAUUAUGUUGCUUUCUACAAGAAUUUGGUUGACGUGAAGGCGGAGGAGAAUUAGGAGGCCUGGGUCUGAAUCUGAACCUUGAGGACUUGUUUAAGGCGUGGGUCUUCAUGAAGGAAUCUUGCCGAGAAUCAGACAACAGCACACCAGAUAGCAGUAUAUAACAGUUCAGAACAGUGUUUAAGAGCUUUUUUGACUUUUA